AACUAGUGUUAGAUUACUGACACUGAAACUUUCAGAAAGUGGACAAAAAUACAGAAAAGGGAAAAUGAAGAGAGAACAUGGGAAAAGCAUCAAUGAUAUCUGUGAAAAUGACAUUGUUACAAAAGGAACAUCUGGAAAAAGGACCACAGACAGUCACACAACGAGAAUCCAGUCAUCUGAACUCACAGGAAGUGAUGGUGUGAUGAUCAGAAGGUCCAGAGCAGCUGCAGUAGUGUUUGUGCUGCUGUGUGUUCUUCUGCUGACUGCACGCAUUAUACUGUGUGCCACCUUCACUCAAGAGAGACAAGAGCUGCUAACUAUGAUCACCAACCUCACAGAAGAGAGAGACCAGCUACUAACCAACAAUAUGAAGCUCACAGAAGAAAGACGACAGCUGCAGACUAAGAUCACCAACCUCACAGAAGAGAGAGACCAGCUGAAAUCAGAAAGAAAUGAUCUUCAGAAGAAGUUUGCAGAUGGAUGGAGGUGCCAUCAAUCCAGUCUUUACUUCUUUUCCUUUGAGAGGAAGAACUGGACUGAGAGCAGAAAUGACUGUACAGAGAGAGCAGCAGAUCUGAUCAUCAUCAACAACAGAGAGGAACAAGAUUUUGUGAAGAUCAUUACUGAUAGUUUUGGUCAUUUCUGGAUUGGUUUGACUGAUAUUGAAGAGGAGGGCAGAUGGAAAUGGGUUGAUGGCAGCACACCGACCUCUGGGUGAGAAAUCACUGAACUG